AUGUCGACCUUCACCUCAGACAAGCCACAGGCUACCUCGGAGCAUGUAAAUCCAUCGGAUUCCGGAUCCUCGCCUCCUUCGUCCCAGUUUCUGUCCAAGGAAGAACGAAUCCAACAUGAACGCCAGCAAGGUGGUGUCCCUACGGGCAUUUCGGGCUUUCUUAGCAAGAUGGGAGACCUCCCAGAGUGGAAGGUUGGGGGCUCGCUCUUGCACGGACGAUCUCUCAACUGGUCGAUUGGCUUCGUUGCGAGCUGCGGAUUCUUGAUGUUCGGUUAUGACCAAGGUGUACUCAGUGCACUUCUCACCCUGGAUUCGUUCCAAAAGAACCAGGUCCUCAUGACGCCUCGGGAUCAAUCCAACGACCUCUGCUGGUUGAACAACCCGGAUAACACGAUCCCCGAUCCGAACUAUUGUACCGGUGAUGCCAAUACCCAAGCCGCCGGAGUCGCCAUCUACCAGAUUGGAUGCUGGUUGGGAUCGUUGCUCAUUCUCUUUUACGGUGAGGGAUGGGGUCGAAAGUCCUCCACGUUUUGGGGUUCGGCCAUCAUGAUCAUCGGCACCAUCAUGCAGGCAGCUUCAUUUGAGUAUGGUCUUUUCGUGGCAGGUCGCGUUGUGGGCGGCAUUGGUAAUGGCAUGGUGACAUCCACAAUCCCAACGUGGCAAAGCGAGUGCGCCCGUCCUGAGCGACGCGGUGUCUUGAUCAUGCUUUCUGGGGCGCUUAUUUCGUGCGGUGUCAUGAUUGCUUACUGGGUCGACUAUGGCUUUUAUUUCCUGAGUGGCUCUGUGCGCUGGCGGUUCCCUCUUAUGUUCCAGUCCUUCUUCACCAUUAUCGUCAUGAUCGGACUCCUCUAUCUGCCCGACUCGCCACGGUGGCUGAUCAUGCAGGGUCGACGCACCGAGGCUCAGAACGUCAUUGCCCGUCUCCUGGGCAAGGAAGAGGACGACCCUGAGGUUGUGGAGGAGAAGCGGAACAUUGUUGAAGCUCUUGAAGCUCAAAGCAAGGGUGGCGAGUUCAAGAUGACGGAACUUUUGACCAACGGGCCAUCGCAAAACAUGCGCCGUUCGCUGCUCGCCAUGAUCUCGCAGUUCUUCCAGCAGAUGUGUGGCAUCAACCUGGUUACCUACUACGCGACUUUCCUGUUCGAAAACUCAUUGGGAUUCGGACCUUCCAUGGCCCGUCUGUUGGCUGCUGCCAAUGGCACCGAGUAUUUCUUUGCGUCGCUUGCUGCGUUGCCUCUGAUUGAGCGAACCGGCCGACGGAACCUCAUGAUCAUUGGCGCCUUUGGGAUGGCCGUAUCGAUGGCGAUUCUGGCGGGUGCAGUCUCUACGGGAACCAUAGCCCCCAACGGGGCCCCGGUGCUGGAGCCCAAGUACGGUAUUACGGCGACCGUCUUCUUCUUUGUCUUCAACUCCUUCUUUGCGAUUGGCUGGCUGGGCAUGACCUGGCUGUAUCCGGCAGAGAUUACCAACCUGCGCAUCCGUAUCCAGGCCAAUGCGCUCUCGACCAGCUCCAACUGGAUGUCCAACUUCCUCAUUGUGAUGAUCACGCCGCCGGCCUUCAAGAAUAUCGGAUACCAAACCUACAUCAUCUUUGCUGUUUUCAACGCUGCGCUCGUUCCUUUCGUUUACUUCUUCUUCCCAGAAACCAAGGGCCGCACGCUCGAGGAACUUGAUCUUGUGUUUGCGAGCGCCCAUGCCAAGGGCAUCGACCCGGUCAAGCAGAGCUUGACUAUGCCUUCUAUCUCUGGGCCCGAGCUCGAGCAGGAACUGAAUCGUUACUUCGGCCCCACGGACAGCGAAGCAUCUCAGAUGCACUAA